AUUCCGCUGAAUGACCAUUACUCACAGCGUAAAGUUAGAGCUGUCUGAGAAGAAUAGGAUUUUUAUAUAAAUACAGCAUAGUAAUCGAGUCUUAUCACUUAUGACUUAUUAUUUUAUUGUCAGAGUAUUAUGCGGUCGUGGUUGAACACGUUUGACUCGGAUACCCUGCGUACGCUUGUCGCUAAGGACGCAGCUUUCGGAAUGACGUGAUUUGUUUUGGUUUCUCACUGGGUCGCAUGGACUUAUUUCUUUAGGGUACAUUUGUAAAGCUCUUGGUGGCACUGGUGUUUGAUUAAUUUUGUCCCCUUGCAGCUGAUGUUCAUUUAUGUCGCAUCCAGAUACUGCGCACGAUUCUGUGAAGGACCAGAACGGUUCUCUAGAAGUUUAUGUGUAUAUGGGAAGAUUGGAUGGGACAGCGCUUUGAUGAUUAGUUUACUAACGGAUCGCUGUCGUUAUAUUCAUGAAGUCUGUUUUUGCAAUGAUCAGAGGUAACUUCCAUUGAUUUAUUUCCGCAAUUUUGCGGAACUUCUGAUCCAGAAAUGGCGAGACUUUACUCGAAGAAACUUUUUGUGUUGUGUGUCUGCCUCUCAGCGUCAUUUUUUCUUCUCAUCACCCUGCAGGUCCUCAUGGAGUUGGGCCAUUUUGAGAGGAAGCAGAAGGAUCAUAGUUUCAGAAUGAAGCAGACCUUCCAAGCUGCUAAUCCCUGGACACCAAUGAGAAGGCCGGCUGAUCCUAGCAGCCAGUACCCGGUCAUCGUGUGGUGGUCCCCGCUGACGGGAGAGAUAGGGCGGCUGGGAGAGUGCGGGGAACACAGGUGCUUCUUCACCAUUAACAAGACUUACCAUGGGCACCCUUCAACGCAGGCAUUCCUCUUUUAUGGCACGGACUUUAAUGCAGACAGCCUUCCCCUUCCCAGAGGGUUUCACCACCACUGGGCUUUGUUCCAUGAAGAGUCACCGAAGAACAACUACAAACUCUUCCAUGAGCCCGUCAUCACCCUGUUCAACCACACGGCCACCUUCAGCCGCUUCUCCCAAUUGCCGCUGACUACUCAGUAUCUGGAGAGCCUGGAGGCUCUCACCUCACACACCCACCUCGUGCCCUUGUCUCGGAAGAAUCUUCUGCGUACUUCGCUAGCCCCCGUAGUGUAUGUACAGUCGGACUGUGACCCCCCCUCCGACCGGGACGCCUUUGUGCACCAGCUGAUGAAGCACAUCCCAGUGGACUCAUACGGUCAGUGCCUACACAACAAGGAGCUUCCAGCGUACCUGCGGGACUCCACCACCAUCGAGGAGCCAGGCUUCUACAAGAUCCUCGCUCAGUACAAGUUCGCGUUGGCCUUCGAGAAUGCAGUGUGCGACGACUACAUCACAGAGAAGCUGUGGAGGCCGCUCAAACUCGGCGUUGUCCCCGUGUACUACGGCGCCCCCAACGUCCGCACGUGGCUUCCUGCGGAGAUGAGCGCGGUAGUCAUCGGCCCUGACGAUUCGCCGGAGAAGCUGGCGGAGCUCCUCAAGAAGCUGGAUGGUGACGAUGAGGAGUACGAGGCCUACCUAGGCUGGAAGUACAGGCGGGAGGUGACCAACCAGAACCUGGUGGCUGAGAUGAGGCAUCGCAGAUGGGGUGUUCAGGAUGUCACCAAGGACAGCCACAUCGACGUUUUCGAGUGCAUGGUGUGCGCCAGGGUGUGGGAGAAUAUCAACAGGCAGGAGAAGGGCCUCGAACCCAAAACAUGGAGGGCUGAGGGCAACCACCUGAUGUGUCCCCCUCCAAGAAUGUUUGAUUUUGCUGUGGGUCCCACAAGCGGGUCGUCUCUGCGGGCGUUCUGGAGGCCCAGCUUCGAGCAGUCCAAGAAGGAGGCGAGAGCGCUGCGCCUCUUUGCUCAGAGGAAUGCUAACUUCACUGUGGAGGAAUUUUGGAAGCAGGUGACGAGGUGCCCUUAUGCUGGAAGGCAGGAAGAUCUCUGUCACAGGCUUCUAAGUGCCGCUGAGCCUGUAAAGCCAUCCAGUCUAAGUGAAAGUGCCUCCGGAGAAGGAAGUGAUGAGCUUGGUGGGUUAAUCGAUCCGUCUGAUUUUCAUAGCAUUCUAGAUAUAAUACAACACCUGUCGUCAGGGACAGCAGGUCUUAUCAAAACUAGGGCCCAGUCGAUGAGAUUCUGUCUUUAUGACAUCUUUAGCCAUGAUCUGUCAAUCAGUGGAAGUCUAGAGUGCGUAUUGUUCUUCAAUGUCAUUAAUAGGUGAACCGUCCAUUAUGAAGUUACAUUCCCCAGAGUAAAUACACCAUUUGGAUUAUUUCCCUGGAAUCUGUUGUCUUUGGGUCAUGAGUUCAUCUGCCCAUCAGCAGAAAUUAUGCUGAGAAUUUAGUCAACAGCUCACUAUGACUCCUGUUCCACCUGGGGUUAAAUUCCUCACAUUUAAUCUUCCACUCGACCGUGCAAAUGUGCGUCAGGGUUAAUCAGAAAUUUUUCCUGUCCCCGAGAGGUAUUUCAAAAUUUCUUGAGCAGCAUCGUGACUUCAUUCCUCCCCACAUGAGUUAUCCUGUAAUAUGCGAUCUGGGGUAGCGUGUGGCUCAGCCGGUCAUGAUGUCGUUUCUCUGGUCAGAAGGUCAUUAGUUCAAGUCCCAGGGUCACCUGCGGUCACUCGCCACCUAGGGACUGCGUGAUCCUACUCUCUGAUCCUUGUAUGUUUCAUUGGAAAAACAUAUGCUAAAUAAGUGAAUGAAAACCAAACCAUAAUAACCGAACAGUGAAAGCCAGGAGAUAGUAUUAAACACACAGCUUGUCUGACCUUACUUUCUCAAAAAUGUAAGUUUUAGUCUGCUAGUAAAUCUAAAUAUAAAAUGUAACCCAAAUGUAUUGUACUGUAAUCAGUUAUACUGGAUCAAGACUGUUCUGCAAGUUGGGGUGAUACUGUACGUAAGUAAACCCCUUCGAAAAGGAUCUUGUUGUUGGCUAACCUUCAUCACCUCUGUGGAGAUUCUUUACCUGGGUCCUGAGUCGCAGUUAUCUUACAUAGGUCAGUUUGUCAUGUGCGACACCAAUGUGACUGAAAGCAGCCUCCGAUUAUGUCGGUGGGAAAGCAUGCUUGGAAUGCAGUUAGCCAGACGGGAGCUGUCAGGUACAGGACACCACUUCUAAGGAAACGGAGGUGAACCAGAAUGAACUGGGCUCCUGGACUAGUGUCUCGAAUGACGAGAGUUAAAGUUAUUUGCAUAAAAGUAAAGCUGUUCUCAGGACAAAAGCAACAGGCUACAUUUUCAGUUUGCAUGUGCAAAAGGCUGAGUGGCCUCAGAAAUUUCAUUGCUGUCACCAUUUUACACUGUGAAUUAAUAAUGUCUUUAUUAUGAAAAUCUUGCAUCAUAAAGAGAGCAUUACACACCAGCGUGAAAACUUUGUAUGAGUAAUCUUUGUCCAGCACUUGACGCGACUCAUGUUGUGCAAAGCCAGAGGAAUUCACUGACUCUCUGUUAAUUACCAACUAGCGUGUUAAAUGAGGAACAGCCGUACAUGGACGACAGCAAAUAAUUGCUUCAUCCUUGACCUUGAGUUGCAAGGUUCAAAUUCAGGGAGGAAGCGUACUAGUUUUGAGCACAGUGAAUUACAUCUACGCUCAGUAAAAAUUCACUAUCUUAUUGAAUUCUAAAAAUAGUUCCAAAAACGAGUGAUUUAGUGCAGUGGUCUCCAACCUUUCUAUAGUGUGAGCUACUUUUACAAAGGAAAUGCUUUGGAGAGCUGCCAAAAGUCGUGUCUGUAUAUGCCAGUCUGGGUGGGGAAUGGGGGUGUCAGCUAUGAAUGUCUUGGUGAAUUGUAAAUAUCAGGUACAGGAUUAAACAUUACCAGGUGGGAGAAUUACAAGGAAGUAUCAUUACAUAUAUAUAUAUUUAAAUAUAUAUUUUAACCUCUGAGGAUGUGGAUGUGGUUUCCUUUCUGUGCAGACCGUCAAUGGAUUGAUGACGCACCUUUGUAAAGCUGAACUUGAGGAGGCAUCAGAAGCUUCCAUCAGCCCUGUUGGAUGUCUGCAGUAUUCUUUCUUUAGCUAACCCAUCCUCAACCCCCACAAUAUAAUGAAAAUGUCAGGUUAGAACAAGCUAACUGACACAAGGUCUCGCUGGUUUCAGCAUUUCUUACUUUUUUAAUAUCCUAGUUUUCACCAAAGAUUAUUGUCUCCACUUUGGCGUUUUUACUCAGCAACUCACAGUAGCUUUUGCUUUGACAAACAGAAGUGUUGCAGGUGGGAGAGCCAGAUACAGGCUGAGAACAGGUGAGCAACAAUCCUGGCAGAUUUUUCUAUUUUUUUCCUUUUACUUAUCCUUCGUGGAACAGGUCAGUUUAUUCUGAAUCAGCAGACAAUGUGAGCAGCGUGCUCGUACUUGAAAACAAAGCAUAAAACAAAGGUAAAAUAGCAAUUAAACUGCACUGUUAAAAGUCAUAACAGUCCCAGGCUCUCCUGAAUUUGCCAUACAGCAAAAUGAAAUAUUUGUUUAUGGGUUGAAUUGUCAUCGAACAACCUCUGAUUUUAAACAGAGUUACAGUGUGUAAUCAAUUAAAGAGGACAGAAGUAAUCCAGCAAACUAUAGGCUAAUCAGUUUAACUUGCAUAACUGGAAAAGUAUUGGAAGCUGUAAUCCCAGUGAAAAUGGUAGAUUACCUGGAUUCUGAGGGAUAGCCAACAUGGAUUUAGGAGAGGUAGAUCCUGUUUAACUAAUUUACUUGAGUUCUUUGAGGAAGCUACAAGAGAAAUUGAUCACAAAAAGGCCUACCAUGUGAUUUACUUAGAUUUCCAAAAGGCCUUUGAUGUUGUCCCCCAGAAACGGCUCUUGCUUAAGAUCAAGGCUGCAGGGAUUUUAGGAACUGUAGCAGCUUGGAUCGAAGACUGGUUAACAGACAGGAAGCAGCAAGUGUUUAUUAGAGGCACAAUGUCACAGUGGGCCUGCGUUCAUAGUGGGGUACCGCAGGGUUCAAUUUUAGGACCACUAUUGUUCCUAAUUUACAUUAAUGAUAUUGACACCAAUACAUACAGUAAACUGGUUACGUCUGCAGACGACACCAAGGUGGGUGGUGUAGCAAAUACUGAUCUAGUAGGACAGAGGUUACAAUGGGAUCUUGAUUUAAUUAGCGACUGGGGUGAUUUUAUGGGUUUCACUGCAAUAAAGGUUUAUGAGAAAGACCUCGGUGUGGAUGUUGAUGCCUCCAUGUCCCACUCUCGCCAGUGUGGGGAAGCAAUAAAAAGGCCAAUAGGAUGUUGGGUUACAUCUCUAGGUGUGUGGAGUCAAGGGAGGUGAUGCUACGAUUAUAUAAUUCCUUGGUAAGACCCCUCCUAGAACAUUGUGUGCAGGUUUGGUCACCAUACCUUAAGAAGGACAUUGCUGCCUUGGAAAGUGUGUAACGUAGGGCUCCGAGAAUGUUUCUUGGUCUUAGGGGAAUGUCUUAUGAGGAGAGGUUAGCUGAGCUGAAUCUGUUUAGCCUCAAGCAAAGGAGACUAAGGGGGGACGUGAUCGAGGUACAUAAGAUUCUAACAGGUCUGUGUGCUGUUCAGCCAAAUGACUAUUCCAGUAUUAGUUUAAAUACUAGAACUCGUGGCCAUAAGUGGAAAUUAGCGAGAGAACAUUUUAAAAUGAAUUUUUGGAAGCACUUCUUUACACACUGUGUAGCUAGAGUAUGGAAUAGUCUUCCUGCUAGUGUAGCACAAGCUAAAACCAUGGGUUCCUUUAAAUCAGAGCUAGAUAAGAUUUUAAGAACUCUGAGCUAUUAGUUAAGUUCUCCCAAAAUGAGCUUGAUGAGCCCAAUGGCCUCCUUUCGUUUGUAUAUUUCUUGUUCUUAUUGUCAUCUCUGAACUCAAUACUGAAUAAAAUUGAGUGCAAAAGCAAUGUGUUAAACGCAGAGAAGUUACUGAGGUUUACAAUUAUUUUACAAGAAGACAGAAAUUGAUGGUGAACUCAUUCUGAUUUUAUGUGGCCUACAAUGAGUUUAUAUUUUGAAAAAAUUUUUUGAAAUGAAUUAAAAAGAUACUGGUGAUCUAAGAGAUGACAACAAGCUAUACACAAAUGUAAUUAAAGAAUAGGAUGUUAUAUAAUAUAUUAAUAUAUUUUAAAUGUAUCAAAACUGUAGACAUUUACAGGUCUGUUGAAGAUGUUAAUAUGCUUAAGCAGCUUAUGUUGUCAUUUAAAUGUUACUGUAUUAGUUCAUGAUAAUGUACACUGCACUUUUUAAAAACAAAAAAUAGAUAUUUGGAUGACCAAGAUGUUGUGCUAAUGUUAGACUGUAAUCAGUUGUGUCAUACAGGAGCAAACACUGCUAACGUGAAACAAUUCAUCAACUGUCCCAGAUUAGCAUACGUUUUAUUUCUGGUGUCAAGUGGUAGUAAAAGAAUAAAUGCGAUUUAUUUCUUGUAAAGAUAAACAUCUGGACUCUAGAAGAAUUCUGGAGUUGAACUGAGGAGGGAGUGAUUAGUUGCAAUAUGAGUGUGUGAAAAAGUUCAUGGUCAGAAAGGGACAAUGUGACCUGUCUACAUGUGUGCUGCUGAAAACAGAACUGAACUUGUGAACAGGGUUUCAAAGGUUUAAACAUCUUUGAAACAAGGUAUAGGUUGGUCAGAAUGGUCUCCAGUUAUAUUCCACACAAACUGAAUCUGGAAGAGGCACAUCUUUAAUGAGGAUGCAGAGCGGGACUGGAAGACUCCCGGUUGUUAUUAACAUAGCCGUCAUCAUACUGAUGGAUCAUUUCGUCAUCCUUCAUCAUGCAUGCAUUCCUCUUGUGCAACUCAAAGUUUGCAAGUUGACUUGUGGACAUGCAAAAUUGUCGCAGACUCAGGCAUUUUUUCUAGUCAUACAACUGAACACUAAUGGUCAGUGAGACCCAAAAUACAAAAUAAAAAUAUGAAAAAUGUGCAUCUUAAUUAUAUUUAUUAACAGAAUAUUAUCAAUGGGAAAAAUAUUGGAAAAAUUCCAUAUAGAAAAAAAAUGUGAAGGAAUUGCAAACCACAAUGAAAACUAAAAAAAAAUCAGAUGUUCAGAAAAUAAUGCUGAAUAAAAUAUAGAAUCUCUAAUCAUCUGGUUAGACAAGGCCCAAAUAAACAAAUAAAUACACAAAUAAAUAAAUAAAUAAUAAUAUAUAAAUAACGUUUCUUCAGUGGACCUGCUUUACGAGGAGUAUAUUAGAAUUGAUCAAAGCUAAGUUUUUGGUAACACCUUUCUGCUGUCCUGAAGGGCAUGUGUACACUGGACAAGUGAUAAGCUGGUCUUCAAAGAAAAAGAAAUACAGAAACAAAAACAGACAAAACGCUGCAGUGUACUCAAGCCCAAAGAGUUACAUAGCCAAAGACAAAUAUGUAAUUUAGUUCUAUUCAUUUAUUUCUUUUCGAGGAACCAUGGUGUUUCUGUACAGGGGGCAACAUUGGUCCGUGUAUGUUCGAUCACUCCAUACAACAUGGGCUGUGUACUGAAUGUUGAACCUAAUUUCAGAAUGUAACAAAAAGGUUAUAGUAUUAAAAAUUAUAACAUUUUAUACAGAAUACAAUUUACACAUAUAAAGCUAUUGCAAAGAACAAAAGAAUAAAAAAUACAAAGUAACACUUUGAAUAAUGUGAUAUUUCACAUGAUGUUAAACAAUGCAAACAUAACAUUUAAAUUUUAUGGCAAUAAACUUCUAAAAACAGAAAAAAAACUGUUUCUCUUAUCUACAUAUACAUUUUAAAUAAAUGGUGCGGUAAUAAUCCCCAGAAUGCAUUAAGGGCCAAUAGAUGUGUGGCAACACUUUGUAGUUGAGCCAUAUAUUCAAAGCUGCAUACAUAUUCAAAACCAUACUGUAUUAAAAACAAAAUCAUUAAAUGAUAAAAAUGACAUAGACAAAAAAAAUCACAGAUGAAAACUGUUCAUUACGU